UGCUCGAUGUCUUCCUGAUUCCGGGGAAAAUUUAGACAAUGUUAGCUGUGAAGCCCUCGAAGAAAUCUUCAAACGGAUACAGUUUAAGAUGAUCAGUUUGGAGUGGGCAAAGCUGGAUGAAGAUGGGGCAUCUGCACUAUUUGAUAUGAUGAAAUAUUAUGACUCAGCACUCUGCCUCAGAAUUUCCUUCAGCAGGAACAUUGGAACAAGAGGCUGGAUGGCAGCAGCUCAGCUGAUUCAGAAGAGUAACAGCUUGCAGGAGUUUGAGGCAUCUGGAAUCCCUUUGAUGGACAACACAGUCUCCUGUGUGGCACGAGGACUGAAAGCUAACCAUCAUCUGAAGGUCUUACGACUGGAUAAUGCCAGGUUGAGUGGCCGCUCACUGAUGCUGUUAGUGUGUGCCCUGAAGAUGAACCAAGUGCUUCGGGAGCUUUACUUGGCAGACAACAACCUGAACUGUGUUCAAGACUCGAUGCACCUGCGAGAUCUGUUGCAGGUGAAUUGUACCAUACAAUUAUUAGACCUUAAAAACAACUGUAUCUUCAACACAGGACUGGAGGACAUCUGUGAAGGUCUUAAAGGACAGAAGCAAGGACUGAAAACACUUAUUCUUUGGAACAACAAACUGACUCACAAAGGAAUGACUCACUUAGCUGCCAUUCUACCUAAUUUAACAUCCCUGGAAACACUGAACCUUGGCCGGAAUCCACUCAGCAAUGAAGGAGUCCACAGACUUAAAGAAGGAUUGAUUGCUAAUCGAUCAGUUACACGAUUAGGAUUGGCAUCAACAGCAAUAACUUGUGAAGGUGCCAUUGCCAUGGCAGAAUUUAUAGUUGAGAGCACUGGAAUCCUGAGACUGGAUCUUCGAAGGAACAGAAUAAGAACUGGAGGUUUGAUGGCCCUCACUCUGGCAAUGAAACUAAAUAAUUCAUUGGUCCAACUGGAUUUGGAUAAGGGGCUAAUGGGUGAGAAGGAAGGAUGGCUGAUUGAAACUCAGAAAUUGUUGUUGAUUAAGAUCGCAAAGUGCUGCAAAGGGAACCUGAUGAUGAAGCGAGCAAAGCAGGAGGAGAGGGAGCACGAGGAAAAUUCAACAGGGCGGCCUUUGUGACAAACAUUGGAAUAACGUAAGGAUAAAAGUUCAAAUAGAAUGAGCUGGGCUUUUGCUGUUAGGCUACAAUUCAA